CCAGUAAAAGAAUAAUAAAGCAAAACAUUGCUGAAACGAUUCUAAACGGGAUAGAAAGACCAGGAAACAAAAACCUACACAAUAUUAUGGAAGAUUGACUACAAUCUUGUUCACCCGAGUAUCCACUUUCUAAGCGGUGUCUCAAAUUAUUUCAAUACUCUCAAGUUUUCACCUUGGCAGCUUUAUCAUUAAUUAUCAUAUCUUGGUCAAUUUAUUUAUUUUAUAUUUGAGUGAUAAAUGUCGCAGGAGGUGGAGAGCCUCAAUAGACAAAGCAUAACCUGUUUAGCAGGGUGAAGUCUCGUUUGUUUUAUGGUCUUGGGUACCCGAGACAACCCUCCCCCUGAAGCAACUUUGUCGAGCGUCUAUAUAUGAAACGUCGUCUCUGUAACUGAGGAAGAGCUGACCCCGCAUGAUCAUUCAUAACCCUUUAUUGAAUAAUCAAAUGUGCAAAUAUCCCUCUUUCUUUGUGGUUUCCUCGGUCAUUAGAUCAAAGUAAGUGGGUUUUGCGGAGUUAAUUUUCACUUCUUUGACACGAAUUUCUGCUUUAAAUCCUAAAUCUAUCAUUUGGUGACACUCGCCAAGCCAAGAAUUGUCUCGGUUUGGUGAGCCAAAUUGUUUAUAUGAAGAAACAUCGUCUCGCCUGCCAGGGUUACCCCACCUGCCGAGGCAAUACAACUCGCCCACCCGAGUUGUCUCGCCCCCGAGACGGAUUCGCGAUCCUCUUGUAAACGGUCGGUUGAAGUCUUCAAAGAAAUAAGAAAAAAGUUACCUCGGUUAGGGUAACUUGGAGGGAGAUUUCUCGGAUAACCGAGACCAUAUAAUUGGGGCGUCAGACAGAUCGCGACAGGAAAUGAGUGGUGCAGGAAUUAUCUGAUAAUUAUAAAUGAACGGGGUAACGGGCCAACUCCUACCGCCUGGGGGUGGGUGGACAACAUAACACCGGUCCAGUCGGUGAUGACGACGGAAAGGCUUAUGUGGAGGAAAAUAAACCAGGAAAUAUCAACUUUUGGCCUGUUGAUGAGCUGAGUUGACUACAAAUGUGCCCUUGAUUUUUUCUGAUUGCCAGCAAUCAAACUUUACCUGAUAUGGCAGGUUGAAAAACAAGCAAGGUCGAUCUUUUCCGGGUAGUCUGAGAAUUUUCGAUCAAGUGAAUCGGCGAGAGCAUUAAAAAAAAUUGAAAAAAGAAUAAUAGGAAGCCCGGGGAAUUCUAAAACAAAACCGAGGGGUUGUUUUCCAUAAAGCUCAAUUUUUUUUUUUCUAAUAACCUCACUGAAGAUGUUGAGAGCGAAACACGCUUAGGGCGAGUAAAAAAAGCGUGAUUCAAAACCGUUCCAAGAUUGCAGUCUAAAUUCUCAUCGCUGUUUUUCAUGGCUACAAUUUUAACUUGGAGAAUUUGGCUUCUGAAUCUGACUUUUUCACAGUUAAUGAUUAAAGGCUUAAAAUUCUUAACUUGAGUUGAUUAUAAAGGUAAUUAGGGAAGCUAAUCACUAUUCCAACCGCUGGAGAUUAAAUGGCUUUGUAACAAUGCAGUUUAAUGGCUUUUAAUGCACUCCAACGGUUUUUUCAGACUAUAAGAGGGUUUUUCUUGAAGUUCGUAACAUGCUUGGAAGUACAUGUAGAUUUACAAGACGGUUUUGAAACGACCAAAUGAGAGUUAAACAGAGUCAAUACUGUUUACCCUUUACAUGACAUGAUUUUCUUUCUUUCACUGAAAUUAUAAUUGCCUGAUUCUGAAAUUUCUUGAUAUGUUGUGUUAGAGAAUCCAGCUGUUUAAUUCUACAUGCGCGCUUGUCACAUUGUGUUUCUUCAGUAUAUAAUUUUAAUCCCAUUUAUCAAAAGAAUGAUUAGCCGUGCCUGUAAUCUUACUUUUUGUAGUUCAGUAUUCCUUUAUUCCUCGCGCAACGUAGAAUAUUUCGUUUUGCGCGAAAAUGACCGGUUAAAACAGUUAUGACUGGGGCGAUUAAAACCUUCCUUCCACUUGAAUCCGCACUGCAAUACAGAACAGCUGUCGCGUCCAGGCAGCGACUACUGAAAAAAAAUUUGUUCAAGCUGAAUUAUUAAAAAAUCGACACGUAAACCUCAUUCUGAAAGUAUCACUCCUUUAAAUCGCGCCUCUGAACAACGUAGGGUAAUUUUAUUCACCUACAGAAGGCAAAUAACGUGCGUUCUUUUCACUGGUUGAAUCGCGGUUAUUUUUCUUACAAAACAAACACACCUGUGAUUUGUGCUUUUUCCGUUACUAAAAGACUUCAACAACAAUAUAGCGCUAUUCACAAGAAAUCCAUUAAUGUCGGAGAGAAUGGAGGUUAACAUGCUCAGAGAGAUAUUAGUGGUUUUAGCUUAUUUUCUGUGCUAUAUUCAAUUUGCGGUCAGCGCCCGAAACAGCGAAGGGGAACCGGAUGAAGAUGGCGCAAAAUCGAGUGGUCGAAAAAUUCUGGUCUUCGGUGGGAACGGUUUUAUUGGAAGCGAAACCGUACGAAGACUCCUGGAUAAAGGAGACGAGAUUACCAUCGUGAACCGAGGGAAUUGGUACUUCGAUUCAAGCGAGCGCAUCAAACCGUUUGUAAAAGCGCAUUUUCUAUGCGAUAGAGACAAACUGCUCAAAGUUGACUGCGAGGAGCUUUUAACAUCCGGGUACUACGACGCUGUGAUCGAUUUCAGCUCGUACAAUGCGAGGCAGAUAAAACAGGUGGUCGACAUAUUACAUGGUCGAGUUGGUGUUUAUAUCUACAUCAGCACCGAUUCAAUUUACGAGGUCUGCGAGAAAAAGCAUUCUGGACUUAGCACUGAAGAAGACGCAGUCCGACCAAAGAGCCCGAAGAAGCGCCUGGAACUUAAGAGAGAGGAAAAAUACGCGCAUGAUAAACUUGCUUGUGAAGAGGUACUCGAACAGGAGAGGAAAUCUGGUGGAUUCCCGUACGUAGCUUUAAGACUCCCGGAUGUAAUCGGACCACGUGACAGUUCCUUCCGCUUUUGGACCUAUCAUCUGUGGAUACGCAUCCACAAGGCCAUUCAACAUCCGGUACAUAUGCCCAGCGGUGUAUCAGAUGUGAAGUUUAGUCUUAUACACGUAGAGGACGCGGCAAAAGCCAUCGAGAAGGUCUUGGAUGUUGGUCCCGCGGCUCACAACCAAGCUAUCAACCUGGCGUUCAGCGAACAAUUCACUCUAAAAAAGCUCCUCCGAGAUAUCGCCGAUAAACUGAACGUGGACGAGCUCGAGUUUAUUUCGGAUGACGAUUCCACGUGGUAUUCCUAUCCCACGGUUACAAAAGGUCCUCUUGAUAUCAACAAGGCCAAAAUUCUUCUUGGCUGGGAGCCCAUGACCUGGGAGAGCGCACUCGAUUCACUUUCCUCUUUUUUGGAGGGUGCCAUGACUGAAGAAAAAUUUGUCAGAGAGAGAGAAAUGCUAUUGGCUGACUUCUUUGAGAGCAUUGUUCCUGAAGAACAUUACCCAACCGCGCUAAAGAAGCUGAUUGAAAUGUACGGAAAUGACGUAAUGGAAGGAAUAGCGUUGGACAUAGGCUUCGAUACAGCCCCUGAAAUCGAGGGCCCGAGUGAUGUUCAAAAUUCCAGCGCUGCGCAUGAACAAAAGUCAGCGGAGACGCGAUCGGAGGCUAAGGCAGCAGAGAAGAGCGAUAGAGAAAGUGUCGAGGAAUUGGUGACGGAAGUUGAUUCUGAAAACGAAGCUAGUGAAUCAAUUCCAAAUUUAGAAGGAAAGAAGAAAGACAAGCACUUGGAUGAACUGUGAAUUAUUUUAGAUAAGACACUUGCAAACACUCUUUUUCCUUGGCCAUCGUAGCUUUAGAAGAAACAAAACACAAACCGCGGUGAUAAACAUGGAAC